AUGCUGUCACCAAAGGAGUUCAACUUCACCUCUCCAGGCCAAGCAUUGCAAGCCAUUGCGAAGGAUGGUCUGCCAGGCUCACCCAAUAAUCUCUCCCGGUCCCAGAGCAGAGCUCAAUCUCAGUCUCCAGAUAUAGCCAUGGACAUAGAUAUUCCCGUACCUGAAGUUAAACCCGAUCAGCUAGAGAAACUACACCAACAAGAAUUAAUCCCCGAGCUAUUUGGAGUGCUACAUGACUUACAAUCGGGUAUUUUGCUGGCCAAAGACUUUGAUAACCAGGUAGGUGGAAUACGACUCAAAUUGGCCAACAUUAAACAGUAUUUAAGAGACUUUCCUGGAAUAACAGAGAGUGUAGACACCCGGGUGGAACGAAUUGAGACACUUCGGGUCAACAACGAGAGCAAACUCGAGGUGAUGAAGACGUUUAAAGAGAAGGUAGAAGCCCAUUUCAAGUAG